AGGGCCGCAGGGGGCUAUGCGAGAGGCGGUGCCUUCGCUUCCGGUUCCGGCUCCGGGAGGGUGCGGGAGAUGCUGCGGGCGCCCAGGGGGCUGGCCGGGGCCGCAUUCCUGAAACUCGCAUUUGCGGCGCGUACCAUGGCUGGAGAGCCCACGGUCUUGCUCCCCGAACUCCGUUCGCUCCUAGCCUCCGGCCGGGCCCAGCUCAUCGACGUGAGAUCUCGGGAGGAGGCGGCAGCUGGGACCAUCCCUGGGGCGCUCAACAUCCCCGGCUCACUGGCAUUGGGCAGGGGUGCAGUGCAAACUUCUGAACCAGUAGUCAAAGUUGCUGAGAAUAAACCUGCCAAGUUGUCCUGCUCCUACUCGGGCUUCUCCUCUCCCCGUGUGGAGUGGAAGUUUGCCCAUGGCGACAUCACCAGCCUCGUUUGCUAUAACAACAAGAUCACAGCUUCCUAUGAGGACCGAGUUACUUUUUCGGACAGUGGCAUCACCUUCCAUUCUGUGACCCGGAAAGACACGGGGACGUACACUUGUAUGGUCUCUGACGAAGGCGGCAACACCUAUGGGGAGGUCACCGUCCAGCUCAUUGUGCUUGUGCCUCCAUCCAAGCCUACAAUCAAUGUCCCCUCCUCUGCUACCAUCGGGACCCGAGCAGUGCUGACCUGCUCAGAGAAAGACGGUUCCCCGCCUUCUGAAUACUUUUGGUUCAAGAAUGGGUUACUGAUGCCUACGGAACCCAAGAGCAACCGUGCCUUCAGCAACUCUUCCUAUAGCCUGAACCAUAAGACAGGGGAGCUGAUCUUUGACCCCAUGUCGGCCUCUGAUGCUGGAGAUUAUACUUGUGAGGCGCAGAAUGGGUAUGGGUCACCCAUGAAGUCAGACACUGUGCACAUGGAUGCUGCGGAGCUGAAUGUAGGGGGCAUCGUGGCAGCUGUCCUUGUAACACUCAUUCUCCUUGGAGUCUUGAUUUUUGGCAUCUGGUUUGCCUAUAACCGAGGCUACUUUGACAGAGCAAAGAAAGGGACCUCGAAUAAGAAGGUGAUUUACAGCCAGCCCACUGCUCGAAGAGAUGGGGAAUUCAGACAGACCUCAUCAUUCUUGGUGUGACCCAGGUCCAGCUCAUCUCCCGUCCUCUGUGCUUGCCUUACACAGGUGCUACCAGACUCUGGCCCCUGAUGUCUGUAGUUUCACGGGAUGCCUUAUUUGUCUUCUAGCCCCCAAAGGGGCCCUCACUUUUAUCUUAGUUAGGAUGUGUUUUUUUUAAUAAUGUCUGCCAUGUGCACCUUCUUCCUUCCUGCCUCCCUUCCUUUCCCACCACUGCUGAGUGGCCUGGGACUUGUUUAACACUCUUUUUCCCCAUCCCUAUGAGGGAUCAGACAGAAGUCCUGACUGAUGCCUGCUGAGUUCCCUUCCAAGUAGACUGCGAGGGUGGCGGGGCACUCACUGCCCCCUGCAUGUAGUGGUCCUCAAAUAGGGAGGGAUCUGGAGCUUGGUUCCUUGGCUCUUUCUUGCCAUCCUGAGGACCGGUACCAGCUGUUCUAGAGUGGGGACUGGAGACUGGAGCAGCUGAAAUGGUUGUUUGGUGACGACGUCAAGUCUCUUCCGCCUCUGCAGCCCACUUUCUUCUGUCUUCCCGCCGGAAGUGCCACUGGGAUCCUCCUGCACCGUCCUCUUUCUGAACACAAGCAGACUGACAGCAGCUAUGUCUGUAGAGAAAACAAGAGCUUUUGUUGUGGAGAGCAUAGUAAGCUUUCAGGGCACACGGAGCAGAAGAGUUUUUAAACCACUGAUCUACAGAAAAGAAAGCUGGAGCUGGUAGCUCAAGCCAUCACCCUUCCCUUGGCUGGAACAACUGGACCCACACUUUUAAGAUGUGUCUGCAGGGUUGUGGGAAUUUGUGUAGUAGUCAGCUCUGCUGAGCACGUGUGUGUGUGCGUGUGUGUGUGCGUGUGUGUGUGUGGUCUCAGUUCUAUACUGAAAUUGAGUGUGUGUUGGAGGGCUUCUUAGCUCUUUGGUGAGAUUGUACUGUGGGAAUGGGAGAAAUGAAAUACCUAGGCUCCUUCUUAGUACAAACGAGAAAAUCCCCAAAGCCCUGCUUCCUAGCAACCUGGGAUGGUCCCUAGCUCACUGUCCUACCCCUUCCUGGUUCCUGCCUUCAAGGCACACAUUGGACCCUCAUUUCCAGAGUCCUCUUGUGGCAGGAGAAGGGCACCCCGGGUGAAGUGAUGGUGUACUCUGGAUUCUACUUGGUCUGAUCCACCCAGUGAGAGGAGAAGCGCCCACCCUGCCACCUCUGGCAGCCAGAUGCACUAAUAUACUUCCCUGAGGCUACAGGAAAAGCUGCUCCAGAGCCUGAGGCAGGACUUCUCAAAUCAUUUUCUGAAUCACUUCUUUAGUAGUAGUUUAAAGUAGUACUACUACUUUAUUUAGGGGGUAGGUGUAAGUGAGAGCAGGAGUGAGCAGGGUAGUCCUGCCUGCCACUGCUUUCCUUGUCCCGUCUUGACCCUUCUUUGCCCUUAAAUCUGUUUUCUCCCUCUACCCCAGCAGCCCCAGUCUAUUUAUUAACUAGCAAGAGGGCAAAUAAGGGGUCUGCUAGGAUUGAUUUUGCUAAUUUCUGUGGAGGAUACUGAACACCACUUGGCCAUAUUCUGUUCCCUUAUCUGACAAUCCAUCACAGAACUGAGUUUUCUUUUCAUCAAGGAUCCAGAAGGAAAAACAAAAACCAAAUCGUAUCGUCACGCACCAAUAAAAAAUAAGCUUUCCAGAUGGAAAUAAAAUCUAAUUAGGCAAUAAAAGUAGAGAUUGUGAAACGGUUCAGUAAGAAUGAGAUUUUUGAAGUAUGUUUCAGUUUUGUAUCAUUGUUGGGGGAACAGGGUGGGAGGGAUGUGGAGAAAAGGCCACAGGGAAGCAGAGGUGAAUCAUUGCUCCUGUAAGUCUGAAGCAAAUGGCUCCUCACUCCCUAGGUCAUGACUUGUGAGGAGUAUGAGUCAGUUAUUUACCAGCCUUGGACUUCACCGCUUCAGCUUACAACAGUCCCUUUGAGUUGGAAAACACCUUGUCUGCUUUCAUUUUAGAAUGUUACAACUAAUUUUUGUAAUAAAUGUUUAUUUUUCACAUUGA